AUGAACGGGUUCAGAAUCUCCAAGCUCAGUGGAGGUGACAGUAAGACCGUGGCGGCAGUCGCCAGAACACUCUGCAGAGCCUUCUCUGACGAUCCUCUCGUACGAUGGUUGCGCCCAGGUGCAACGCCGUGGGGGGCGCUGAAUCCCAGGUCAAUGUCAUGGCAACAAAGAAGGGUGGAGCGGGUCCUGAAGCAGGAAGAGGUCUACGUCGCUGUGGAUCUGGAGCCUGAAGGAGACGAGCAAACGAAGUCAAAAGCAGGUUUCCCGGCAGUGGGUUUCCUCCAUCCUCUCAACCAAAGUUGGUGGCGCCGCUUUGCAGCUUUAUUGCUGCGACUGCGCCUGGCAGUCCUCGAUUAUCUCCGGCCAGCCGAGGAUGACGACGGUGGAAGUAUGAAGAGGGUUGAAAUGAUGAUGGCCAAUCACCUCGGAAGCAAAACAAUUGUGCAGAACAUCGCAGGCAAGCCUGCGUGGUAUAUCGAGGUUGUUGCGGUGGACCCAUCAUAUCAGAGGAGAAGACUCGGCUCCCAAAUGGUAGAGCAUCUUGUGAGUCUCUGCCCGAAGGGUCAUCCAGUGUAUCUGGAGUGCACCGACAGCAAGAACGUCGGGUUCUACGAGAAACAUGGUUUCAAGGUCGUGACUGAGGUGCGCUUGAUAGAUCCUUUGAUAGAGUCGGACCAAGGCGUGAGACUAUGGCUCAUGGCAAAGCUAUGA